ACCCACCCUUCCAUCCAGGGCUUAGGAGAGAGACCCUCCCACCCUGAAACCCCCUUCCUUCCCCUACCACUUUCCUUCCUUCCCCCCAAAGAAGCAUCAGACAAAAGCAAAACCAUCUUCCUUUUUGCCUUUUGCAAGGUUGUCUUUUGUCUUAGGACAACCUUAGAAAGGGGCAAAAGCCCAAACCCUCAUUUGAGUUUCUUUAAUAGCUUGUGUUUUCAAGGACAAAGACUUCAUUUCUUUGUCCUCUUUUGGCUUUCAUUUUCAAAUUUUUAACCACAAAACCUACUUCAAAAAGCCCCAUAACUUCUUCUUCUUCUUUGUUUUUUUUGUUUCCUUUCCCUUCUGAUCUAAGGGAGGGAAGAGAAGGGAAAGAAAGGAAAGAACAGGCAGCAGCUAGCCCACCACCACCACCCACUCCAAAAACCCUCCAUUAAACCCCAAAGAAAGUCCAAAAGAAGAACAGAAGUUAGAAGUUAAACCAUUUUUUUUAUUGAUUACAGGAGGACAAACCAAAGCCAAAACUAUAACAUCAUCAAGCCUUUUGUUUUACGUAUAGAUAUUGUUAUUGUAUAACGUGGGAGAAUAGAAAAGAGACAAAGGGAAGAUGAUGCUGAUGAUGGGAGGAAACAACCAAGUGACUACACAAAACGAGGGUGUUGGGACCUCGGGCAUGCACAACAGCUGCGUAGAAGGUGGUUUAACGUUGAAAAAAGGGCCGUGGACUGCGGCGGAGGAUGCUGUGUUGGCGGAGUACGUGAGGACCCACGGUGAAGGGAACUGGAAUGCAGUGCAGAAGAACACAGGGUUGGCACGUUGUGGGAAGAGUUGCAGGCUCAGGUGGGCUAACCAUUUGAGGCCUAACUUGAAGAAAGGAGCUUUCUCUCCUGAAGAAGAAAGGAUCAUCGUCGAGUUGCAUGCUAAGAUGGGGAACAAGUGGGCUCGUAUGGCUACUCAGCUACCAGGGAGAACAGACAAUGAAAUCAAGAACUAUUGGAAUACAAGAGUGAAGAGGAAGCAGCGCCAAGGGCUGCCACUUUACCCUCCUGAAAUCCAACCCCUCUAUCCCCAACACCACCAUUCACAACCAACAACACCCAUCCCUUCCUCUCCAACCCAGCAAUCACCUUCCUCUUUCUCCUUCCAAGCUCCCACCUCUCUCCACCAUGGCUCAAUGCUGUCACCACCACCUCACUCCUUCCAUCUCCCGCGCUCAGCUUCACAACCUCUCCUUCAUAUUUCGCAUCAUGCAGCAGCAGCAGCAGCAGCGCCAACACCCUUUCUCCAUAGUCCAAGUCCAGCCUCAACGCCGCCACCUCUUCCUAGCCCCACCCCUUCAACACCACCAUCUACCUCUCCACUCCCAUCUCCCCCUGCCUUCUCAACUCUCCCUCUCUUUGAUUCUUCCACAUUCAACACUUCCACUUCUAAUAUCACCACUGUCAAUGCUACUUCUUCUGAUCACUUCUUCUUCCCCAGAACCUUACCUUCCCUCCAAACUCCACUUCGCUACAAGCGGUUCAAGCAAAAUAAUGAUAAUGCUGAAAAUAACAAUAACAAUCAUAACAUUACCGUGAAUAGCAGCAACGGUACCACAAAUUCGAGCUUCAUGUUCCCACUUUCUCCUUUAUUGAAAAGUAUUGAUGUUUUCAAUCCUCAUACUACUGUUGCUGCUACUGCUACUACUAGUUCAUGGACCCCUCAACACUACCCUUCAUAUUCCUUGGAUCCAAUCACGCUCGAUCUUGCUUCAUCCUCAAGGAUCCUCCGUCCCCAUUUCGAUUCAGGACAAUUCAUUUCGACUCCUGGAGUUGCUUAUCCGUUGAAAACGGAGCUCCCUUCAAACCAAUUGUUGUCCCAAGAUGGAAAUUCUGAGGUUACUCUCCAUACCAAUAAAGUGAAUAACUAUAGUAAAUAUAGCAGCAAUGAUCACAGUAGCAACCACCCCAACUUGAGCAUGCCUGUUAGCGGAAACGGGUUGUUAGAGGAUAUGUUGGAAGAAGCACAGGUUCUGACAGGCAGCAAUGAUAUGUUGACGAGGCAGGGUGGUUUGGUUGACUUCAGCUCAAGCUCUGAGGGUUUAGCUUCAGUAUUGAAACCAAGAGAGGAAACACAAGAGCAGAUCAACACCAUGCAUGAAGACUACUCCAAGCUGCUCAAUGUUGUUCCUUCUUCCAUGCCAAUCCCCGAGUGGUAUAGCGACAGCGGGGAAGGUUCCAACGGGCAAUCGUCAGUCAUAACAGAUGAUAAUCUAGGCCUCGAGAUGCAUCAAAUAGCUUCAUUAUUGCCUGUUGAUCACAUUGCACAUAAGCAUGGCAGGAAACCUAGCUCCCGCUCUUGGGACAACUUGCCUGGAAUUUGCUGAGUCAAAUUGAGAGAAACAAAAUGGGUCUAAACUCGUUAGGGUUUUGCUUGUUUGGUCUUUCUUUGUCUGGUUUGAGUAUGUUUGUUGUAAUAAUGAGAACAAUAUAACAAUCAAAAUGAACUUUUUCUGAAUUCAGCAUGUGAUGAUCUUAUGCUAUUCUUGUAUUAUCAUUCAUUGUUAAUCAACACUUGUCUUGAUUCCUUUCAUUCAGCCAAGCUUUCUUCCAA